ACUUUUACAUUAUUUAAGAAUAGAAAUCAUCUUCUGCUGCCAUGACUUGAGCUGUGUCGGGUUUGAAAGUCGAGUCGAGCCGUCUGCAUUCACAAAGACAUGAACUUAGAUGGAGACUGCAGCAUGUCAGUCAGUUGUGGGAAUGGCAAGCUUAGACAGUGGCUCAUCGAUCAGAUUGACAGCGGGGAAUAUCCUGGCUUGGUUUGGGAGAAUGAUGAGAAAACCAUUUUCAGGAUUCCCUGGAAACACGCUGGGAAACAGGACUACAACCGGGACGAGGAUGCUGCGCUCUUCAAGGCUUGGGCACUGUUCAAAGGGAAAUACAGAGAAGGCUUGGACAAACCAGACCCUCCAACAUGGAAAACAAGACUGCGCUGUGCCCUUAACAAAAGCAAUGACUUUGAUGAACUGGUGGAGCGAAGCCAGCUGGACAUUUCAGAUCCUUACAAGGUCUACAGGAUAAUUCCAGAAGGAGUGAAGAGAGGUUCUAAGGCCAGUAGCAUUGAAGACAGCACAACACAUGUGACUCCUAUCAGUUACCCCAUGCAUUCUCCUUAUCCACCCCUACAGCCUCAGAUGCCUGGAUACAUGCUCCCUCAGGAGAGGCGUGACUGGAGGGAAUAUAGUGCAGAUCAACCUCACCCGCAGGCACCUCAUGCAGAUCUACCGUACGGCCAGUGUCCAUACCCACCAGCGCGCUCCUUACCCUGGCAUCCAUCACCCUGUGACAACGGAUACCAGAUAUCUGGCUCCUUCUACACCUACUCACCUACAGAAACUCAUCCAGUGGCAAUGGACCACAGUAUGAGAUCCGCUGAAGCCAUGGCCAUUUCAGACUGUCGCCUGCACAUCUCCCUCUACUAUCGUGAGUCUCUUGUUAAGGAGGUGACCACCAGCAGUCCUGACGGCUGUCGAAUCUCCUCCUCUUCAACUCCUGGAUCCCCCUCAUCCCCUUCUUCUCCAUGUCCAGAGGAGAGGCUCUAUGGUGGGGCAGAGCCUGUGCUCUUUCCCUUCCCAUACCCCCAGUCCCAGCGGCGUGGGGCCGAGAAGCUGCCUAACAUCCUGGACCGCGGAGUUGUGUUGUGGUUGGCUCCGGACGGACUGUACGCCAAGCGGCUUUGUCAGGGGAGAGUGUACUGGGAAGGUCCACUUGCCCCAUAUGCAGACAAACCCAACAAGUUGGAGAAAGAGCAGACCUGCAAGCUGAUGGACACUCAACAGUUCCUUACAGAGUUGCAGGGUUUCAUUCACCACGGCCGUCCAAUGCCACGCUCGCAGGUGGUGUUGUGCUUCGGGGACGAGUUCCCAGAUCCCCAGCGGCAGAGCAAAAUGAUCACAGCUCAGGUGGAGCCCAUGUUUGCCAGGCAGCUCCUGUACUUUGCCAGCCAGACCAACGGUCACUACCUGCGUGGCUAUGAACUUCAGACUCAAGGUGCUUUACCUGUAGACGACUAUCAGAGAAACCUCCAACACUUGCAAGAGUAACCUUCAAAUAAAAGGGUUAGGGGGGUUACUGAGAGACUCCCCCUGAGAGUAAAAGCCCAGCAGAGCAUAUCUCCUCUGCGCGAACCUCGCUGAGGACAUGCAAUAUGACAAUGAAGACUUGAAAUCUGAUUGAGAUCGCCUGACCAAGUGCCCACUCACAUCCCAAAGCUAUAAAUGUAUGUUUUUUAUGUACGUUAAAGAAACUCCUGCACUUCAGACACACUGAUGAUACUGUUUAGAUGCAGCAUUUUUUUUUAUCAGGUUGCUAAUAAUUGUCAAAAUUGUGUCACAAAUGUGUAUUAUGUCUUGAUACAAAUGGGGUCCAAACAUCUGAGACUGAGACUUUUAUUUUUGUCAUUUAAAAUGACUUAAAAUGAAGAAAUAUUUCAGAUUCUGCACUAUUUCUUGGUCACUAAUCAAAUAAUCAAAUUUGUUACGUUGACCAUACCAAAUACAGAGACAUUCUGCAGUUCAUGUCAAAUUUCUGAUAAACUAUUGUUUAUGCUGAUAAUAUUAUUUAUUAUAAAAUAUAUAUAUAUAUAUAUAUAUAUAUAUAUAUAUAUAUAUAUAUAUAUAUAUAUAUAUAUAUAUAUAUAUAGGACCCACUUUAUAUAAGUGUCUUUAACUACUGUGUACUUAAGCAUUUGAUAAAAUGUGCCUAUUAUGUACAUACGUGUAGUUGUAUUGUACUUACAAUUACACUUAAAGGACCUGCAUUUAAUUACAACUGUAGUUACACUGUUAACCUUACCUCUAACCCUACCCCAACCCUUACCCUAACCCCCACUCCUAAACCUACCCUUACCCUAAACCCUAAACCUAAACCUUACCCCUACCCCUACCCAUAAUCCUAAACCUACCCAUACCUCAAUCUCAGUAGCAUCAAAAGUGAACCAUGUGAGAAUUUUGCUCAACAACAUGUAGUUAACAAGAAGAAAUAUGAAGUGGGGCCAAAUAUAUAUUUAAUUGUCUCAGAUUUUGGACAACACUGUACUUCCAAAUGUUUCAUAUGGACAUUUAAGAAUGAAGCUUACCAAAACUAACAACUACAAUGCAGCUAUUUUUAUAUAUAUAUAUAUAUAUAUAUAUAUAUAUAUAUAUAUAUAUAUAUAUAUAUAUAUAAAUGAAAAAAAAAUUUUUUUUUAAUAAAACAUUGCUUAUGGGUAAAAUAUUUCUGAUAAAUGAAUGUAUAUUUACAUAGAUUCCUUUUGCCAGUCUCUAUUUCUUCUGACUUUCUAACAGAAUUUUCCUCAGUGUUUAUAACUCGGCUACAUGUGACUAUUUAUAUUGUAUGCAUGUAGAUAACUAUAUGCAAAGCCGAAUGUUCUGUACAGUGUAUAGAUAUCAAAGAAAAUAUUUCUCUAAAUGGCAUCUGAUCAGAACUUAUAUAAAUGCUAAAUACAAAGAAACAGUUUGUGGUUGAGUGUGUGAUUGUUAUCAGCCUGUUAGUAAAGAUAUGUCAAAAACAUAAUCAUAGCAAAAAUCUGGUACUCCCCGGUGUGUUUGUGUGUGUGUGUGUUGUAUGUGUGCAUGUGUGGUAUUUUGUGUGCUGAUGGGAACGUACUCAAGCACAUUACUGCCCACAGAACUGUGAUGCUGUCAGAUGUGUGAAUGAAAGAGGUAUGGAGAGAAAGACCUCUCACGUGCUGUCUUUUACUUUCUUUCUUAGACUUUCUGUCUCAGGAUAGUUUUUUUUAGUGUUCAUUUUACUCUUUUUUUAUGACUAUUUUAUUUCAAAACUGGAAAUUUUUAAGUCAAUAAAGAUAUUUUUAGUUA